AUGUCAAUCGAGAAGCCUACCGUCCUCCUUAUUCCAGGUGCCUGGCAUCAAGGAAGCACCUUCGAGCCGGUCGCGAAUAUACUUCGAGCGCAAGGGUAUCAAGCAGAAACUAUAACUUUACCUUCUGCGGGUGGACCAGCAUCAACGACUGCCUACGAUGACGCCGAUCAUAUCCGGAAAGCGUAUCUUAACGACCUCAUUGCCCAGGGCAAGGAAGUUAUCAUCGUCAUGCACUCCUACGGUGGCAUUCCUGGCACAGAGAGUGUAAAGGGCUUGGCACGGAAAGAUCUCGUUGCGCAAGGGAAAAAGGGGGGCGUCGAGUCCUUUUUGCCCGGUGGAUUAGAUCGUUAUAUGACAACAGACGGAGAGAAAAUGUAUCCCAAGGACCCCAGGGAAAAGUUCUACAACGACAUGGACGAAGAAACUGCAUCAAAGUAUCUGGCUGCAAUAGUGCCCCAUGCCCCCGAAACUAUGCGGACUCCGCUAACCUACGCGGCCUACCAUGAUGUGCCUACCAACUACAUUUUUUGCACUCGGGAUGCGGGUUUCCCACUUUUUGCGCAACAGAGGAUAGCUGCUAUCCCGGGAGAAGGGGUUGUACACCCGUACACCGUUGACGGGGGACAUUUUGCCAUGUUGAGCAAGCCGCAGGCCGUGGCGGAUGUGAUUCACGAUGUUGCAACGAGAGCUGCUGCCGUUUGA